AUGGGUCGUCCAAAGCGCAAUGUCCUCGCCGCUGCUGAGGCAUCCCUCACUCCACCAGUCAGACUUGAGCCCAACCAGUACAUUGUGAGGGUGGUGAAACCCGAGGGCAACAACCUGUACGCUUGCGAGCUCGCCAACAAGAAGCCGAUUAUCCUGGAGCUCGCGCAGCGUUUCCGAAACACCAUUUGGAUCAAGCGCGGUGGGUUCGUCGUCGCUGAGCGGUAUCCUGCUGAGACAGAAGAGACCCGAGCAGACGGGGAGAUCAUCAACGUCGUGCGCGACGAAAAGCUAUGGCGCAAGCAAUCGUAUUGGCCCGCGGAGUUUCCGAAGACGUCUUCUUACAACAACGAAGACUCGGAAGACGAGUCCAACGUCGGCAAAAUGCCACCUAGCGACUCGGAAGAGGAGUAA